CUUUAACUCUAAGUUUUUCUUUCUUCUUUCUCUGCUCUCAAAGUUCAAGAGAACUCUAUCCUUAUUAACUUGCAACGAUAACUAAAACCGGUGUAAUCGUGAUAUAUAGUAGAAGAUGGGCGGUCCGGGAUCAUCGCCAUGUGCUUCGUGUAAGCUUCUUCGACGACGAUGUGCAAAAGAUUGCAUCUUCGCACCUUAUUUUCCUCCUGACGAUCCUCACAAAUUCGCCAUUGUUCAUAAGGUCUUUGGAGCAAGCAACGUUAGCAAAAUGUUGCAGGAGCUACCGGUUCAUCAAAGAGCUGACGCAGUGAAUAGUCUGGUUUUCGAAGCAAACGCACGAGUUAGAGAUCCGGUAUACGGAUGCGUAGGAGCAAUCUCCUACUUACAAAACCAAGUUUCGCAGCUUCAGAUGCAACUAGCAGUGGCUCAAGCCGAGAUUCUCUGCAUUCAGAUGCAAAAUGAGCCAACAUUACAGUCUCAUCAUCAAGUUCUUGAACUAGACCAAGAACAAAAAGCUCUCUUGUUACCCAACAACAACAACAACAACAUCAAUAACUGCAACAACAACAAUAACAACUUGGGUUAUGCCAUGUCUUCUGGCCAGUUCAACUCUAACUUUGCAUCUCCAAGUAGCAUAAUGCAAAUGCAGAUGCAAAUGCAAAUGCAAGACCCUCUUAAGCAAGAGUCUCUUUGGACUUAAUGUAAUAAUAAUAAUAUUUAAUUUUC